CACUGAGGGGCUGCGCGGGCGGCGGAGCGAGCCCAGCUGCGGCGGCCGGGGCCCCCGACGGACUAGCGCCUUGCUCGCGGCCAAGGACAGGCCCCGAGGGGGGGCCCGGAGAAGAGAGCGCCCGCCCAUCCCCUCUCCCCCCCCUCGCCAAAAUCCCCGGGUGUAAAUAGUCAAGGGCGUUUAAAGGACCAUUGUGUGAAUCUCCGCGAGUCGCUCGCCUCCCGUCCGUCCCUCCUCCGUUUCCCCCCCUUUUAAUUUCCCCCCUUAAAAAAAAAAUAAUCCGCCCAUUUCUCUCUCUCUCUCGUUCUACUCCCCCCCUCCCGCGUUCUUUUCUUUUUCUGUUUUCUCCGCUCCGUCCUCCUCUCCUUUUAACAUUCCUCACGGCUCCCUUCUCCGGGCUAAAUCCCGCUUCGACGCCCAUCCUUUCUCCUUUUCCUCUUCUUCCGUUCCUUCCCCGCCUCCCUUCUCCUCGCGAGGGAAGCUGUUUUUAUAAAAAGAAGGGUUUUUCUUCCCUCCGCUCCCCCCCCCCGGACAGCAAUUUAUCCUCGCUUCCUCCCUCCCCCCACCUCACCCGGACGGUCCCCCCCCUUAUUUUGUAUGCGCCACCGUCGCCGGGGGGUCCAACUCGCCAUCGAUCGGGAAGGCAAGGCGACCCCCGCCCCGCACCCGGGGCCAAUCCGUUCCGACCCGCCCCACCCGAGGAGGAGGAGGAGGAGGAAGAAGAAGGGGGCGAAGAAGCCCGAUUCUAGAGCCGUCCACGGAGCCGCCGCCGCCGCCGCCGCCCGGCAGGAUCCCGGCGCGCCCUAAGCAUGGUCACUCAGAUAAUCAGCACAAUGGAGACCCAAGUGUCCAAUGGUCCCACAAGCAACAGUUCCCUCCCCAAUGGGCCACUGAUUAGUGCCAACGGCGCCACUGAUGACUCCAAAACUAACCUCAUAGUCAACUACCUACCCCAGAACAUGACACAGGAAGAAUUCAAGAGCCUCUUUGGAAGUAUUGGAGAGAUUGAAUCGUGCAAGCUGGUUAGAGACAAAAUCACAGGGCAGAGCUUAGGCUACGGCUUUGUCAAUUAUGUUGACUCCAACGAUGCUGAUAAAGCAAUCAACACGUUGAAUGGGCUCAAACUACAGACAAAAACAAUCAAGGUGUCCUACGCCCGGCCUAGCUCAGCCUCCAUCCGUGAUGCCAAUCUCUACGUGAGCGGCCUACCCAAGACGAUGAGCCAGAAAGAGAUGGAGCAGCUGUUCUCGCAGUAUGGGCGCAUCAUCACCUCCCGCAUCCUUGUCGAUCAGGUCACAGGUGUCUCUAGAGGAGUCGGUUUCAUCCGCUUCGACAAGAGGAUAGAAGCUGAGGAGGCCAUCAAGGGGCUGAAUGGGCAGAAACCCCUGGGCGCCAGCGAGCCCAUCACAGUCAAGUUUGCCAACAACCCCAGCCAGAAGACAGGACAAGCUUUGCUCACGCAUCUGUACCAGACCACAGCUCGACGGUACACGGGACCUUUGCACCACCAGACUCAGCGAUUCAGGCUCGACAAUUUGCUAAACAUGGCAUACGGCGUCAAGAGUCCUCUCUCCUUGAUCUCCAGGUUCUCUCCCAUCACGAUCGACAGCAUGACCAGCCUGGCGGGAGUCAACCUGACAGGGGCCUCCAGUGCCGGCUGGUGCAUCUUUGUGUACAACCUCUCCCCAGAGGCUGAUGAGAGUGUCCUGUGGCAGCUCUUUGGGCCUUUUGGAGCAGUCACCAACGUCAAAGUGAUCCGCGACUUCACCACCAACAAGUGCAAGGGCUUUGGCUUUGUCACCAUGACCAACUACGACGAAGCAGCCAUGGCCAUCGCCAGCCUCAAUGGCUACCGACUGGGCGACCGAAUUCUCCAGGUUUCCUUCAAGACCAGUAAGCAACACAAGGCAUGAGCGAGCGAGCGGGGCGAGAGAGAUGGCGGGAGGGGUGGGGUGGGGCGAGCGGCAAGGAUGCUGGAAAACAGCCCUCUUCCCCGACUCGCCACGAGAACGGAAAUGUUCAUUGACUCAAAUGUUGCAGAAUAUUUAAAACAAAACAAAAAAACCGCCAGACACCGUGAUCCUCUCUGGGAAGCAGGAGGCUUCUCCCGCUCCCCCUCCCCUGUGCCCGACAGCCCAGCAGGGAGCACGGACGUGGCAACAUGUCAAGCCACCUUUUGAAAACCGAUCCCUGCUCUUGGCAAUGUGCAGGGGAGACAUCCACUCAGAAUAGAACACCUCUCUGUUUCUGUGACCCUACUGCGCCCCCCCCCCAACCCGGUCCCUUGUCCUAGGCUUUUCUAACAUGCUUUACCCAAGUCAGAAGCUUUCCCCAAUCUUCCAUCCUUCCUUCCCUCUUUGAAUUCUGACCCCUUACAUUGUUCCUUUUGAUGGGCAGGUUUCCUGGCCCCGGGGGGACGAAAACCACUCUCUCCUGUAAGGUGUGAUAUAGGAACACUCCCGACCUCCUCCCUCCCCCCCCCCAAUAUUGCGGAUCAGCAAAUCCAAGAAUUGUCACGACUGCUUUUCUGAGCUAGCCUAGGGGGGGAGGAGUUACAACAAUCCAGCUCACCACUUUUGUCCUUCUUGGAUGCAAAAAAUAAAAUAAAAUACACAAAAGUACAAAUGUGGUGGGUGGACAAUGCUCUCAUCUCAUCCCUUGGUCUAAAAUGUUAGCGAUAUUGUUUGUUAAUCCUACCACCUUGCCUGACCCUUAAUUAGAAUGAUGUUGUAUUUGGGAAAUGAACCCAACCCCAUAUGUCCUGAACGGGGGUCCUUCCUGCUUUCCCCAGAGAAGCCUCAUUCCCUGGGGGAAAAGCAAAGGCCCCAUAUUUUUUUUUUCUGCUCUGUUUUGUAAGUUUGCAUAUCAGGUUUGAUAAUUUGCUUACGUCCUGGAAUAAUUUGGGAUUAAAGUAAGAGCGUGGGACAUGGAGAUAAGCAAGCGAGAGAGGCCAGGGACCUGGCACAGUGUCCAAGAUUCCUAGUCGAUUAAUCAAGUUGUGUGGACUAGAUGGGUCAAGUUUCUUUUCAGGUCAGAAAUAUGGACUUGAAUCGGGUGGUGGUACAAUUUAAACCUGCUGUUUUGCCUCCUCUCCCAAAAUCAAGCCUUUCAUUCUUUCCUUCUUUCUUUAUAAAUUUUUAGGCGAAGAAUUUGUUAAGACCAAGCAUGGGGCCAUCUGAGAGAGAGAGAGAGAGGAGGGAGCCAACCCCCCACCCCCAAACUGUGUUAGCUGACUAUCCUGAUAAGCUAGAAAGUUGUUUUUUGAUUAAAGGGGGAGGUACAGGAGUGGGAAUGGGCUGGUGGGUGAGUUUUCCCUUUCUCUUUUUCAAUGUUAGAUCAAUCUCAUGACUGAAUGAAAAGGGGGAAAUGAUACAUUAAAAAGGCUGAAAUGGGAAACAAAAUGAAAACAACAGCAAACGUUUAGAAAGAUUUAAAAAAAUCUAUUUUUAUAAAAAAGGAAAAGAGACCUUGUUGGAAAUUUUUACUGGGAUUCUUGAACUUCACACACACACACACACACACACACACACACACACACACACAAAUUCAAAGGGAGAAAUGGAAAGCAAGUCACUAAGUGCUACUGCUCUACACACACCAGUCAUUCAUUCCCAAUGGCCUUUCCAGACAAGUGAUGGGGAUGUCCGUAUUGUAUCAAAUUUCACAGAUACAGGUAGCUUGGGAGACACACAAGAGUCUCCAUAUAAUGAACUGGGAUUUUGGCAUCAGCUUUGAUAUGGGAUUGAUUGAGUUGGGGGAUAGCCAUAGUUCUGAGCUGGGACAGUUCCUUCCUGGAAGCUGAGCCUUCCCUUCCCUUUGCGAAUUCCACCCAGGUUUGCAAAACGACUUGGUGGUGCAGCGGUUGGGGUGGAGCCUGGCUUUGUUGCAGGGAGGGUUUAAACACCAGCAAAAGCAACUGAGCCCACCAGCACAACUGUGGCGGCUCACAGUGACUGAAGGCAUUUUUAAAAGCAUGAGAAUUAGAAAGGAAACCGAGUUCAGUUAGUGCCCUAUAGAGAGGUGCUGGGACCAGGAGAGAAAAGACAUGGCUUUUUCCAAAGGGUGGUGUCCCAACAGAUGCCAGCUGUUGCCAGUUGCAUAGCAGCAGUUUCACACAAGCACCCCAAACAGCAGUGAGUAAGGCCCAUGUGCUUUCUCCACACCAGAAGCAUGCUGGGAAGGUAGCUGCUUUUCUUGACCUAUCGUCUUUUUCCUGCCACACCCUCUCCCUUGUCCCCAUCCCAGUUGCCUGGAAAGUCUUUGAGAGUCUUGUGCAGGAGCAGCACUUAGUGCCUCAGAUCCCAAGGGGUUUGGAUUGUUCUGUCCCUCCCUUAGCUGGGCAGAAGCAGCAGCAAAUUGCUUUCAGGAUUCUUUUCCCCCCACUAGCCUUCUCUAUUUUAUUUUAUUGCUUUUCUUGUCUUUGUGUGUCUUGUUAGGGGCUGGGGACAGGGCAGAAGGGGCUGCAGUCACCUUACGGCUUUUUGCAACAUCCCCGCCAGACUUCUCUCUUACCCACCCAGCCCCUGCCAAAGGGACAAAAGCCUAGGAAACAGUUUAUCUCUUUUAAAAAACCAACAAUGGUUUAGGCUGUGUGCUUAACACCAGCAUUAGUUUUACACACGUCCAUUUUCAGAGUUGUUUCCCCGCUAAGAUUUCUUUUGGCUUUUUCAUCGGAAAAGCCAUCGAGUGAAAUUUUAAAAAAAGAAGCACCCCAAAACAGUUAGUGCUGCUAGAGUAUGGAAGCUGAUUUGUGCAGAUCGGUUUGGUUCUGCAGGAAAACCCUGCUGCUGCUGGGUGGGGGAAGAGGGGCUCUAUUCACCCACCUCUCAAUGCAUGCCUGAUAUCUACCCUUAGCAAAGAGACAACAUGGUCCUCAAUGGGGGAAAGGUAGCAAGCAACUCCUCUAGCUGUUGCAGAGGACGCAAAACCUGAACUGUCUCAGAUGUCACUGCCCACUGCUGGCGCGCCAAGGCUGUUAUGCAUGAUGCUGCAAAACAUCUUGGAAAGAAGAGGGAGAGUUAGAUCCGCAGAGGUCCGUGUACGACGCAAUGGACAUCAAUUACGGGAAAGUAGAUUAACAUUCAGUUUCCCAAAGGCAAGCUUCAUCCAAUUUGGGAGGCUCCUGGGCAGUCCAUUCAGUGCUAUAAUGAUGGGCUAAGUGCAGGGGCAAUCAGGAGAAGGAUCAUGAAGGAAAAGCAGGGACCCUCUUAUUUUGAGGGGCAUCGCUUGUUUGACACUGACUUCUGGUAGUAUCCCACAUCCAUAUACUGUAACUAGAGUCCACAGCUCCAACAGUCUUAAAAAUUAAAGAGUUCUCUUUAUGUUAAUUAUGGAUCCAGCCAUUUCAUGUAAGAGACCAAGGAUAAGUUGGGUAGGCGGGGAGUAGGGAAAACUGGUCCAAAGAAGGUCAUGCAGCUGGAGGCUGGGGAAUCUGCAAAUGCUCCCCCCUAUGAGCCUGGCAUUGUACUUCAGAAGAUGCAACAGAAGUGGAGACAGGCUGACUUGGUGCCUGGGGGGUGAGAUUGUCUGUCUUGGCAUUUUCUGAGGAAGGACUAGAAAGGGAGCAGCGAGCACUUGCUAGGGAGGCACCAAUUCUUCUCCUUCCCCUACCAUUUGAGUGGACGUGAGGCAGAACAUCUGCCACUUGCCCUUUCCAGGCAGCUUAUUGCAACCAAAUAGGUCAGCUCUUUGACCCCCCCCCUCGCUGUUGAAUGGAGAUCUCGGGGCUGUUUUGGCAAUGUCUUUGCUCUGCUUUGUCCAUGUGGCUCCCUAGAACAGCUGAGCGCAAGUCACACUCGGCCAAGGGAACUGCACGGCCCAGCUUGUGGGGCGGAUGAGUCCAACAUGAUUCCAACAUGAGUCCAACCGUGUUGCUACCCACGGGGGGGGGGGAAGGGUGAUGCCACAAGGGAUGGCUGUGCCACGCCUUCCUUUUCUAUAAGGGGCACAGUUUUCUGUUCCUCCUCCACCUUCCUAGGUGGAGGCAUUGGCAAGACCCAACAGUCAAAGUGUCCAUCUGAGCAUUUGAUAACUCCGUGUUCAUUCUUUCUCUCGGCUCACUCAAGUCAGUUCUGUUUCCCACUCGCCCUCACUCCGAAUUAGCCACAUGCCCUGGCAGCUCUGAAACGGCACCACCUUUUCGCCCUCAGCCAUUCUGCUAGAUUUAGUGCCUGCUCUGCUGUGGCUGGUCCAUCCCCGAGAGAGAAUACGUCCCCACAAAGCCAAUCACCUCUGUAAAGCAACACUGCACUUUGCCACAGUGGACUCCAGCAGCCGAGGAUGUCUUCUGACUUUCCAGCAGGAGGUCUCUGGUGCGCUGGGCUCUAGGAGAAAGGAUCGGAGCUCUUUCCACCACGCUGCAAGGCAGUUGUGGAGCAAUCUGACCCGUAGGAAGGCCUUGCAAUUCCCAUGCUUUAAGAUUUCUCUCAGGGGGCUUCUCUUUUCCUCUUGGCAGCAAUAAACCUUCCAGUCUUUUGAGAUGCACACUCCUGCUUGGGUUCUUGGUCCAAGGCAGCAUGGGCCAGUGGUCACGGCAUGGGCCAGUAUGAUUGCUGCUUUGUGCUCAUCUCACAGGAGGGUGAGCGCCUCAGCCCACCUUUCUGGAUCCUUGCCAAAGACAUGCUUCUUGUCUGCUGGACAUCUAGCUUUCAGCAUGACAUCCCCGCUCCGAUUCUAAGCUGAUGGCAUGUUUCCCCUCCACCCGAUGUCUUGUGGUAUCUGAUCCAUCAUGGGGGAGAGAUUGGGGGGAACCCUUUGUCCAUGUUUGGAAGGAAAAGGUACUUAACCAGGUUCCCCAGCAGAGAUUUGGAUGCCAGUUUGGUGAAACACAACAGCACGUUUCAGCUAAGUUGCCCUUUGAAGCUAAGGAUUGAGACACCUCCUCAAAACUUCCUUCGGUCAAGGCACCCAAUAAUGUUCUUGGGUUGUCUGCAAAAAUUGCAGGCGGCAAGAGCUUUUUUGACGUAGCCAGAGAGGUGCGUAUGUGAGUGAGCACCUCUGCACAUGCUUAAGGAAAAGGACGCAUGUGCUCUCUGGCUCAAAAGGGAAGCCAGGGUGAAACUAGGAUUCACCCCACUGGAGCGUAGAGCUUUCAAGCAGCUUCUGCUUCCGGCUUUGCCAUCUUAAGCUGUGACCGAGUUACUAUCAUGGCACCUAAUGGCAUCCUAGCAUAAGCAUCACCCCUGCCUGUUAACCAUGAUAGUGGGAUGGUGGAACAAUGCUUAAGGCUAUUCCCUGAUCAAACCCUGCAGGGACUGUGUACCCAGCCACCUAUCCCACCUGGAUUCAGUCUCUGUCCGAUUAAAUGUCCUAAACAUGUCGGCAAGUUUAAGGGCGAAAUAACCCCAUCCACUGCCAUCUUCAACCAAAUAGACCUUGUGUGUCCGAGGCCAUGUUUAUUUCGCGGAAAGCUAAAACUACACCGUAUGUAACACAACCCUUGAAGGGAAGGAACUUGCUGCUCCAAUAUCUCACACCUUUGUCACGUAGGCCUCGAUUCGAAGGCUUGGGGGAAGCUUCCCUGACAGUUCUUAAUACCAAAUCUCUUCCCAUUGACCGUUGCCCAUUGUAAUUCCCCCCCUCCGCGUUUUUUUUUUAAAACAACGGGAUUAACACGCCUGAGGGUGUCAUCUCUGUUACUGUAUGUAAGUUUCCUGUGAUAUAGGAGGUGCUAUCAUGGAGUGGGUAGGGGGCAGAGAUGAGGUUCUUGGUACAGGUGAGAGUGUUCCACCUUUGGACCAAGACAUCUCCUGCUCCAUGGUCCUCCGCAGGGAGCCUUCAUCCCUUUCGAGUGUGUAUGUUUGUUGAAUGGGGACAGGCCAAAACAUUCACUUGGGACAGUUCCUCCACAGCACUGCCCAGCUUAUUUUUUAUUUAUUUGGUAUAAUAGCAAGAAAUUGUGGGGGGGGUUUUUUGGGGGGGUGAUGGUGGAGAGAAAUCUACUCAAGUUUUUCACUCAUCCGGCAGCCACAAAUGCCAAAUACCUUUGGAGUUUUAGCCAUUUCCGUGGAGGCAUUGCCCAGUUUCUCAAAUUAAAGCCAAAAGAGCCCAGGAGGACUUUUAAAAAACAUCUGAAUCUUGCUCUGUAGGGCUGCUGCUUAAAAAUAAUUUAUUUAUUUUAUUUUAUUUCAUUUUAUGGUUGUCUCCCUUCAGAAUGGAGCCUUCAGGUGGGAUUAAUCUGUUUGUAAGGGUUGUACUACACUGACAUCCAUGUCCAUGUUGCUUUUUUUUAAUUCCCCCUCCACAUACUUCAAAGGGAACGAGAAGGGAAGUUUCUCUUAAAAAAACAACAACUUAACUUUUAAAAGGGGACGCAACUGCUACCGCCUUUUCCCGAGGCAUCUCUUUGGAUCUGUGUUCACAAAUCACAUCCUGAAAAUGCACAUCGGCUAUUUUCCGUUCUUCUUUUUAAAAAUUUAUUUAUUUAUUUAUUUUGGUUUGCUGAAAACAACGAAGUCAUCGUUGGCACUUGUGGAGCAAGGGACUUUUAUUUUCUUUUGCUCUCAAGCAAAAAAAAAAAAUGGAAACAAAAUGAACAACAUUUAAAAGACGAACUUAAUGAUAAUUAAAACAUUUUAGCAUUAGUUCGAGUUUUAAUUGUUUAAUGAUUUAGAAAUUAGUUUAGGAUUUCUUGAUUUUUUGACAAUAAAUGUGUUCACUUGUGUUUUGUAAGAGUCUGUGGCAGCUUCUGUUUGCGAUAAAAUGAGAAAAAAAAAGAACAAAAAAACUGGCACCAUUAACUCUUGUAUCUUUUUGCGAAUUUUAGCUUCUUGUAGUUUUUAACUUAUUGUUAACUUAAAUAUUUAUUACUGCCUUGUAAAAGUACAUUUGUGUAUAUUUAUGUUCUCAUCAGAGUUGCAAGUUAAAAGGGAAAUAUUUUUUAAUUUGCUGAGAAGUGAUUAUUCCUAAUUUAUUUAUUAAAUAGCAAACAAAAAUUGAAACAACAACAACAAUAAUAAUAAUAUAAGCUUAAACGACAGGCUCUCCAACAGGGCAAAGUGCACAGAGGUAAUUUUUUCUUUUUU